AUGAUGAGUCCAUCAGCCACCCGACAGAUACUAAGGAGCCUCUCCAGGUCAUCUGCUGGUCCCUCUUUCUCCGCUCAAAGUCGAGCCGUCGUCCUUUGUCCUUCCCCUUCCCUUCUCGCUCGAUCCUUCUCGUCAACUCCAGCGAUAUUGAAGAAGAAUAAAGGUCCGAACACGAAAUCACCCAAACAGAAGAUCAAAGUGGUGGAAGAUGACGAAGCUGGAGCUAAUGAUGACCCGGGAGCGGGAGAAGUGGUAAUCUCGGAAGUGAUAGAGAAAGCUCAGGUGAAAAUGGAUAAAGCAGUACAUUGGGCUAAAGCAGUCAUCUUUGAGGGCGUAGAAAGAGGUAGAGGACGAGUCACACCAGCUUUGCUUGACUCGGUACGAGUGCACCUACCAGAUAGCCCUGGACAAUGCCAUCUGAAUGCUGUCGCUUCGAUAACAACAAAAGGAAAUGCUUUAUACGUGGAGAUAUGGGAUACAGAUUCCACCAAGUUUGUGGAAUCAGCCAUUCAUCAAGCCAACUUACCAGGUAUCUCACCUCAAAAGACUGGAGCGAAUACGUUGAAAAUUCCCAUAUCUCGUCCAACCACUGAACAACGUGCGGAAAUCCUUCGUUCACUGUCAACUACCGUCGAAACUGCAAAACAACAAAUACGUAUGGCUCGUACGGAAGGGUUCAAACAUCUCGGAGGAAGGAAAUCGAAUGGUACAGAUGAAGUGCAGAAGUUAGUAGAUGAUGCUAGCAAAGAGCUGGACGGACAGUUGGUAUUGGCCAAAAAGGAAUUCGAGAAGGCAUAG